AUGCUAUAUAACUAAUGCGAGUAUAAGCACUCGUGAGGUGGGUCUGCAUCGUAAUCCAUCAAACAUAUCGAACUCCCAACUCGAACAUUCUUCGACCUCAUACCAAGUACACGCUACUAGUACGGAUUCCUUCAAGUGGGCACGGCACAUACCACUUUACCUGCAGAUGAAUCCACCGCGACUGCAGUGCAGGCUACGGAAUCAUUCCACUGGCAUACUACAUAUGUAAUACUAUUCCGUACUGGAACCUUUCGUCACAGUUUCGAGGCUUUGCAUCGUCACCGCCGGCCAAACCCAUCGCAGGCCAAACAUCUCGUAACUCGAGUCGGUUGAUCACGACCACGGGAGGAGCCCGACGCCUAGCAACCAUGGCUACCAAGGACACCACCGGCGCCUCCGCCUCGGGCAAAAUCACCGACUGGGUCAAGCCCGGCGACAAGUCGGGCGAGUUCAAACGCCAGCAGAGCUCGUUCCGCAACUGGAUCUCGCGCGAGCCCGGCGCACGGUUCCCGCCGGAGAAGGGCCGGUAUCACUUGUACGUGAGCUACGCGUGUCCGUGGGCCAACCGCACACUCAUCGCGCGCAAGCUCAAGGGCCUGGAGGAUGUCAUUUCCUUCUCGGCGGUGCACUGGCACUUGGGCGAGAAAGGAUGGCGCUUCCCGACCGCCGAGGACACCGACGCGGCGGGGGAGAACGUGAUCCCCGACCCGGUAACUGGCCACGAGAACUUCACCCACCUGCGUGAUGUUUACUUCCAGGCGAACCCCUCGUACGAGGGCCGCUUUACCGUGCCCGUCUUGUAUGACAAGAAGACCCAGACCAUUGUCAACAACGAGAGCAGCGAGAUCCUGCGCAUGCUGGGGACCGAGUUUAACGACCUCAUCGAUGAGCAAUACCGAAAGGUGGACUUGUACCCGGCGGCUCUCCGCGCACAGAUCGACGAGGCGCACGAGUGGCACUACGACAAGAUCAACAACGGCGUGUACAAGUCCGGCUUUGCUACGACCCAAGCGGCGUACGAACGCAACGUGGUCGCCCUGUUUGAGGCGCUGGACCGCGUCGAGGCCCACCUCGCGAAGACGGCGAGCGAGGGGCCAUAUUGGUUUGGCCAGACCCUGACCGAGGUCGAUAUCCGACUGUUCGUCACUAUCGUUCGCUUCGAUCCCGUGUACGUCCAACACUUCAAGUGCAACAUCCGGGAUAUCCGCUCCGGCUAUCCGGCCAUCCACCGCUGGCUGCGCCACCUGUACUGGACCAUCCCAGCCUUCCGCGAGACCACAAACUUCCUGCACAUCAAGAACCACUACACCCGCUCCCACACCCAGAUCAACCCGCUCUCCAUCACGCCCGUGGGUCCAGUCCCGGAUAUCCUGCCCCUAGAUGAGGAGGUUCCUGCGGCCGCCAGGGGCCGCGGGGAAGAAGGAAAGUAGGGAGAGCGGUGGGUAGGAAGGGGAGGUGAUUGAGGGAGACUGAUACUUGGAUGGACGUAGGCAGGCAGGCAUACGCAUGGACAUGCAGAUGGGAGUCGUGCAUAGAAUGAUAGCCAUGAGCCACACAAAGCUCGACACCCGAGGCCAUGCUUGAUGAACCUCGGACAUUGGGGGACAAACAAGCUCGGAAAUUUUUUUCAUUGUACGCGGGAGAAAUAAGAAUGUCUUUAGGAAAGAUAAAGGGUGGAGGGAGAAGGGGAAAUCAGUAUAAAACAACAAAUUACUUUGCAUGGCUUGCAUCAAAGCUCCAAUAGGGGUAGUGCUGGGUGUGGCACAGGGCAGACGGGAUACUGUUCCUGUAGGGUAACUGUUCCACUGUAAAAGUCAGGUUCUGAAGUAGGCCUAAUAACAAUCAGGAAAGGCAAGAUGGCCGAGCGGUCUAAGGCGCCACGUUAAGGUGUUUAAACCCUUAAU